CUCGAGCAAGCAAAAUUUGGAAUCUCCCAUGGUUUAUUACAGGUGAUUUCAAUGCCUUUGGUAAUCCAGAAGAGAAAAAUGGAACUUGCACUGCUAGAGACUUGAGACGAUGCAAAAGGUUCUUGUCCUGGGUUAAUGAAGCUGGCCUCACUGACUUGGGUUUCUCGGGCCCUCGCUACACCUGGUUAAGGGGAGAUACUGCCUCGACCCACAGAGCUAGCAGAAUUGAUCGCUCUAUGUGUAAUGAUAAGUGGAACUGCUCCUUCCCAAGCACAGUGGUCCGGCACCUUCAAAAGUUUCAUUCGGAUCAUCUUCCCAUUCUUACUAGGUACUCGGUGUUGUCUCAUCACACGGCUGAUACUGAACCUUUUAGAUUUGAAGCGGCCUGGUUGCUACACCCUCAAUUCAAGGACUUCGUUCAAGCUAGUUGGAAUAAAGAUUCUGCCUUUCAAGAGACCCUUUCUGACCUGGUAGGGAAGUUACAGCAGUGGAAGACCGAAGUUUUUGGAUCCACUUUUCCUAAGAAAAGGAGACUCGUGGCUAGAUUGCAGGGAGUUACUGACAGGCUAGCUAAUUCUUUUAACCCUGGCCUAAUGAAACUGCAAAUCAAGCUCGAGAAGGAGCUGGAUCUUACCAUUGCUCAAGAGGAACUCUAUUGGUAUCAGAGGGCAAAUGAAAAAUGGGUCAAAUUUGGAGAACAAAAUACCUCAUACUUCCAUCAGCAAGCGACUAGACGAAGGAGGAGGAAUAAAAUUUUGGCCUUGCGGAAUGGGAGCGGGGACUGGAUUGAGGAUCAGGAUGCCUUGAAAAAUCUGGUUGUCCAAUUUUAUGAGUCUGUUUAUACUCAGGAGGAAGAAGUCUAUGAGGACUUAAUGCCCAAAGGGUGUUUUCCGCGUCUGCAGCAAUCAGAACUCAUGCAGCUUCUGCACCCUUUUUGCAUCCAAGACUUCCACAAAUCCAUUUUCGAAAUGAAGCCUAUGUCGGCCCCUGGACCUGAUGGCUUUCAGGCGGUGUUUUACCAGAAUUUCUGGGCUUUGGUGGGGAAAAAUCUAACGGGGAUGGCAACUCACUUCUUUGAAACAGGCAACAUACCGGAGGAGGUUUUUGAUUCUAUUGUGAUUCUAAUCCCCAAAGUGGCUCAUCCAGAGACUCCAGCUCAGUUCAGGCCCAUUAGUCUGAACAAUGUAGUCCUGAAGGCAAUCACGAAAGCUAUCGCCAAUCGGCUCAAACCUCUAAUGCCUAAACUGGUUGCUCCUACUCAAAGUGGCUUUAUUAAGGGUCGUCAAACCAACGACAACAUUAUUUUGCUGCAAGAAACUCUUCACACCUUGAGAAGCAAGAAAGGUAAGAAGGGAGGCCUAGUGAUAAAAAUCGACCUAGAGAAGGCUUAUGACCGACUUCACUGGAGCUUUCUUAGGGACACGUUGGGAGAAAUAGGCCUCCCUAGUACCUGGAUCAACCGGAUCAUGACCUGUGUCGAGAAGAACAAAAUGAGAAUAAGCUGGAAUGGAGAGCUCACCUCAACCUUCAGACCCUCUCGAGGAGUCAGACAGGGAGACCCCUUAUCCCCUUUUCUUUUUGUGCUUUGUAUGGAAAGACUGGCGCAUCGUAUUGAGCAGGCUGUAGAUGAGAAACGCUGGAAACCUAUUUCUCUUGCGAAGAAUGGCCCUCGUCUAUCCCAUUUAUUUUUCGCUGACGAUCUGAUUUUGUUUGCAGAGGCUGAGGGAGGGCAGAUCGAUGUCAUCCGUUCUUGUUUACAGGACUUUUGCUCAAGCUCGGGCCAAAAAGUGAAUUUGAGCAAAUCUGCCAUUUAUGUUUCGCCCAAUGUUCAUAGAGACAAGGCUCAGAGACUCAGUUCGAGGGCUGGGAUCACCCUUACUGAUGAUCUGGGUAAAUAUUUGGGUCUGAAAGCUAUUAAUGGCAGGAUUACUAAAGGGCGCUAUCAGGAAUUGAUUCUGAAAAUCCAACAAAAGCUUGCGACCUGGAAAGCGAAUCACCUUUCUGUAGCUGCCCGGAUCACCUUGGUGAAGUCGGUAGCCUCCUCUAUGGCAAUAUAUCCUAUGUUUACCGAACGAUUACCUGCUUGUGUCUGUUCUUCCCUUGAUAGGUUGAAUCGCCAGUUUGUGUGGGGAGAGGAAGAUGGAAAGACAAAAUUCCAUCCGAUAGCGUGGGAACAGAUGACGAAGCCGAGACAUCAAGGAGGUGUGGGGAUCAGACCCACCAGAUUGGCGAACCAAGCGAUGUUGGCCAAGGGAGCUUGGAAACUAGCCACUGGAGACCAAGCACUUUGGGCUAAAGUGAUGAGAAGCAAGUAUGGAGGGACUAGACAAGGGCUGCAAGUCAUUAACAAAAGAAAGGGAAGUUCUUUUGCUUGGAACAGUUAUGCUCAAACUGCUAACCUAUUGCGCAAAGGAGCAGCUUUUAAUGUAAAGAAUGGUCGAAAAACUAAAUUCUGGACGGACGUGUGGGUUUUGCAGGUCCCGUUGAUGGAGGUUACCACUACCGAGAUUCCCUACGGUGUGGAAUAUAAGACGGUAGCUGAUUACUGGGAGGCAAACAGUGGGUGGAAGGUUCAGGACUUCCAAGCUUACUUACCUCAAGAGAUCGUUGAUAAAAUCCGGUCGAUCAUGCUAGACCCCCUCUCCCAAGAAGAAGACAGGCUUUUCUGGAAGCUCUCAGCGAACGGAAUCUUCAACACCAGCUCGGCUUACUUGGCAGGUUCUCCAGAUCAAAGCAAUCAAAACCAUAUGGAUUGGCGCAAAAUUUGGAGGCUCCAAUGCCCAGAGAGGGUUCGGUGGUUUACUUGGCUGGCUGCAAAAGGGAGGCUUUCCACGAACAGUGUGAGGCAAUUUCGGCACCUGACCACUGACGAUAAGUGCCCACUUUGCUCAGAUACUGUUGAGACAAACCUUCACUGCCUUAGAGAUUGCACUGUGUCAAGGAAAAUCUGGGAGAAGAUGAUUGCUGCCCAGGAUCAAGCCAGGUUUUUCUCUUUGGAACAAACGUCUUGGUUCCGAAUGAACUUAAAAGGAGUUUUUGGAGGUACGGAUGCUGAGGUUUGGCCAAGCAGGUUCGCUUUAACCUGUUGGUAUGUCUGGAAAUACAGAAAUGAUUAUAUUUUCCAGGGAAAGAAGCUUGCGGAGUCGUCCCUCAUCAACUAUGUUAUAUCUAAGACAAAAGAUUGGCUUGACACCUGGGAUAGAGCAAAUCAUAAUCUAGCUUCCAUAGAGAAACCUCUUCGUGAGGACAGGCUGAUUGGGUGGAAUGCUCCUUCGGCUGGUUGGAGAAAAAUGAACACGGAUGGAGCUUCGCAAGGAUCGUCGGGGUUGGCAACCGCCGGUGGAGUUCUUCGGGACAGCGAUGGUGACUGGCUGGGUGGCUUCUGCUGCAAGAUCGGGACUGGCUCAGCUAUUUUAGCGGAACUGUGGGGAAUUCAUCAGGGACUUAUCAUGGCUUGGAAACAAGGUACCCAAUUUCUUAUUCUGGAAACAGACUCAAAAUUGGCUAUAGACCUCAUCAGGAAUCGAGAGGAUCCUGCCCAUCCUCAUUCGACUAUCUUGGCAGCUAUCAGACGUUUGCUUUCUCAGAACUGGGUGGUACAGUUAGUUCACACGUAUAGAGAGGGGAAUAGAGUCGCGGACUGGCUCUCGAAGCACAGUCUCGUCUAUCCCUUCGGUACGUGUGAGCUUACAAGUCCACCUAGGGAAUUGGAAAGACUCUUGAGGGAAGACAUAAUUGGUGUUAGCUUCUCGAGAAGAGUGAUUCUGAGCAGGGAUUAAUUUGCUUGUUGGAACCAGGGGUAUUUUGCUUCUGUUUGUCAGCUGGGCGAGUUCUUUUUUCCUGCUGUUUGAGGUUUUACACCUUCCCGGUCCUGCUGCCUGGUUGUAGGGGCAGUUCGGGAGGUGCUUGUAUCUCUCUUUGACCGUGGGCUUUUGCCUCCCUUCACUCAAAAAAAAAAAUAUAAUGUUAUUUAUGUU